ACUGUCAAUGACUGACAGAUCUCUAUUAUGAAACAAAAAGGUGCUUCAAGUUGCCGUACGAUAGAAUAAAAACGAUAAAAACAUUUAAAAAUACCACGGCAAACCGAUUCUAGUGAUAGAAUUUAGGGACUCCAUAACAUCGGAAUGUCACUGAUAAGUAUUCUGUUCAGAACUGUUCAGCAGCCACCGGCUCGAACCUACCUGGCACGUUCGCUGCACACUGGAACCACUAACUACUUCCAAUUCACUCCGGUUCUGUGUGCGGAACCACUGAAGAAAAAGAAAAAAAUUGAUCCCGCAGUACUGAAACAGCGAGAGGAACGCAAGCGAAAACGACUCGAAAAACAAAUCCGGCGAUUGGAGAAAAACGCCCGUCAGUUGAAACCAAUCGAGGAACUGGAAGUUCCGAUAGAAUUACUGGACGAGCGAAAGCAACGUACUCGGACCAUCGUUCAGCCCAGUUCAGAUGAGUUGGAAAAUCGCGUCCUGCUGGAAAAACAGUGGGCCAAGUUCAAGAUGGAGGAAAAAUUAGCGGACUAUCAACUGAUCGAUCGGGUACUCUCAGCGCAAACAAAAGCACUGAACGAACUACGUCUGGAAUCGGAAGAUCUUUACCAGCUAGCAGUACAUACGGACGACGCUCUAGUACCGUUGAAGGUAGAAGGACCAGUGUCAACACCA